UCUGUCCGUGCGGGAGCAACAAUCACAUCCAAGAUGGAGACCGCAAACGCAGGACAUAUGAUGAGCUUAGCAGCUCUGCAGAGACAAGACCCGUAUAUAAACAAGCUGCUCGAUGUGACCGGUCAGGUGGCUCUGUACAACUUCAACUCUAAAGCCAACGAAUGGGAGAAGACCGAAAUUGAGGGCACCCUGUUUGUUUAUACGAGGUCUGCCUCCCCUCACCACGGCUUCACCAUCAUGAACCGACUGAGCACAGAGAACCUGGUGGAGCCGAUCAACAAAGACCUGGAGUUCCAGCUGCAGGAUCCUUUCCUGCUCUACAGGAACGGCAACUUGGGUAUCUACAGUAUUUGGUUCUAUGACAAGCGAGACUGUCAACGCAUCGCUCAGCUGAUGGUCAAGAUUGUGAAACAGGAAGCGGAUCAUGCCCAGAGAGAAUCACCAGAGAGGGCAGAGCCGAGGAGGACCAAUGGUACUGCAGAUCCACGACCGAUGGACAUCCUAGAACUGCUCAGCAAAGCCAAGGAGGAAUACCAGAGAGCUCAGGCAGGUGAUUCAGACGUGUCUACUGAGCCAAAUGUGAAAGCAGCUACAGAUCAUCCCCACAGCACACUGCAGCCUGAAAAGAGCACUCACACCGUUGUGAAGCAGAUCACAGUUGAGGAGCUCUUUGGCUCGUCCAUCCCUAAGGACGCCUCUCUACCCGCCAUGCCAGCACAAAACACCAGCGCUCCCAGUGACCCCUCCACUGCCUUCCUCAAGAACCAGCCAUAUCCCACUCCAGCCCACCAAAACCCUCUCCUCCCACCCCAUCUUACAGCCCCGGACCCGGGGUCAAACCAGCGGCACCAAGCCCACGGCCUGCUCCCGGCUCCUUACACGCUACACCCCAGCCCUGUUUUCCAGUCAGUGGGCCCCAGAUCAGACCCCCAACCUCUGUGCUCAGUCUCCCCUCUCAUGAUGCCUCAAGCUGGCUCAGAGACUCGUGCUGCCCCCCCUGGUCCUGCAGCGCCGUCAGCAGCUCCUACGGCCUAUUUGGGACAGGAGAUACUCAGCACGCUCAAACCGCCAGUGCAGUCAGUGAACUCGGACAUCCACAAACCCAUCCUCGCACCCAACUUCCUGCCAAGCACGCUGGUCCCACCCCACAGCUUCCAGGAGCACAUGGCGAAACCGCUUCUCCAGCACGGCAAGGAGAUGGAUGUUUUCUCUCAAGCUCCAAGCCUGAUCAAACCAAUCUCUGCUGUCCCCAUGAGUCCAGGUCUUGCUGUUCCACGGUCGGACACUUCUGUGCUUCUCUCCCCCAGCGCCUUCCAGCAAUCAGUCAGUAAAGCAGCAGCAUCAGUGGUCCCUCCUGCCCCCUCUGAGCUCUCCUCCACCUCCGUAGGAGCUGUAGAGCCUCCACAAGCCCCCUGCAGCAAAACACAGCUACAGGAGACUCUGAUACACCUCAUUAAGAACGACCCAGACUUCCUCGGUACCAUUCACGACGCUUACCUGCAGAGUCUGUCCAAGGACUUCAGCAACAUGAAGCUAUAGUCCUACUUCAGACAUCACCGCUGUAACGUUCAGAGCUACGACCAACCCCUUUACAACCUGUGAGGAGACCAGAAGAUAAUGAGUUAAAAGAAGUGCAUCAAACAGGUUUUUGACGCACUGUAAACCACAACUCUUCAAAACGAGUCUGUUCUAAGGGAUAUUAUAGCAUGCAGCGCUCCAUUUAACCUUCUGUUCCUGACUCAGAACUUGUUUUUUGAGUCCUCACUUGGACUCUGAUGCUGUCCUAAUCGCGUUAAAACUUGGAUCGACUUUUUGUCUACACGUCAAACCAGAACUACUGAGGGAGAGUAGGAUGAGAUAAAACAUCCCAGUGCGGCCUUGAGGGUUUCUUUUGUUUGUUUUUUUAACUUUAUAAAUAUUGUAAAGCCCACGGCUUCACACUGGUACAGAUUACCUGUCGCUGGUUUAAUUCGUGGAGGACAAGACCACAGUGGAGCUUCGACAACCUCAAAUCACAGAUAAUUUUGCAAACACACACUCUGCUUCUCUUACUCAUCUCACGUCUUUGGAGUUCUCGCAGUGCGAGAGUGAGAACACACUUCACACUCUAGCUGCUUAUUAAGACAAAGACCUCCGAACUGUUUCAGGGGUCUUUGCAGACAAACUGUCCCACUGUGUGGCAUUAAAAAGGACUACUUGUUCUCCUAAUUUCACUUAUUGAACCCUCUCCCUCAAAGUGAUGCUGACACUUGUAUAGUUUUAGUAAUGAUACAGACGCACUGAACACAGUUUUUCGUUACAGUUACUUUUGUGGCAUUUUGUGUUUGUCAGUGUCUGUUAACGAGGAGGACUUUUUUUCUUUCAACUCCUGUCCAAGGACGACACAAAAUGUUUGGAGAAGCACUUGCAGCUAAGAGCUCAAACUUUUUUUUUUUUUAACGUUACUUUGCAGACUGCCAUGUGUUCAUAGAGGCACACCGACAAACGCACCAACCAGUUCCUUUGCUGUCAUUCCUUUGUCCACCCUCGUCCGUCUUUCAGCUCCCCCCCACCAGCUGAGCUCACAGAACUUGUUCUCAGAGGGGAACGUACGAUAGACAACAGCUGCGGUGCCUUUAGGGAAACCAGUAUUUUGGGAUAUUUUAGGAUGGUACAACAGAGCUUAGUUUAUCCAAACCUGUGGGUUCUGCAGCUGAUCUAUAAUUUGGGUAAAAUGAGCAGAAACACACAAAAAAACUGUUUACAUUUACCCUUUGAUAUUAAAUUGAUUGAAAAAAAAAACCCCAAGAGGAACAGAUCUACUUUUGACAUUUUCAGUCCAUUUUAAACCAGUUAAUUCCGUUGAUACCAGUAAUCCAAACUAAAAAUAUAAACUACCUCCAUUCCAGUAUCAGUUUAUUUUACGAAGCCACAGUUAAGUCUUCAGUCACAAAGACUUAAAGAAGAAAACUUUUGGUAAUUUGGCUUUUUUGCAGUAAAAGGCUACUGCAGCACAGAACCGUUGACCCUGCAGACUGCAGCGGGGACAGGAAGUGACACACCUGUCUCAUCAUCAUGUGCAAUGCUGAGUGGAAAGUGACGCUUAAAGAAAAAAAGAUUUAGAAAGGAGAUAAAAAAGAGAAAUACUAUGUGGCAUAUGUGCAUUUUCUAACCACACAGCAGGUUACUAAUAGGUUUCAUUUACCUUGUUAGAAACAACACAACACAUGUAAAACCAUGAAAACAGUCGAAAAAUAACGUAAAAGCAUGAAAUUUUAGGUUGUAAGGUUUUUGUAACAAACGGUAAAGUGAUAUUUGUCAGUAGUCGGCUUGUGGAUGAUCAGGCUACUUUUUCACACAAGUUAGCGCUCAGAUGUCUGUAGUUCUCUGGAGAAUCGAUAAAACACGUCAGCGCAGAUGGAAACUUUAGUCAUAGACGUUAAUGGUUUUUUUUAUUUUGCAAACAACAUUUCAGAGAUUAUGGCUGAUUUCAAAUUUUUUAUGUCACUUACGGAACAUGUAAAAAAAAAAAAAAUCGUGUAAUCAAAAAUGUUUUACAUUGCGAUAAUAACCGUGUGAGUGAUAUGAAUUUCUGCAUAAGUCCUCACUGACACCACACCUGUGUCUGAUCCUGCUAUAUGAAUGUAUUUGAUGUUUACUCGCAGUAUGUAUGUGCCAGUCUUCUGUGUGCUGCGUAUUUAAGUUGAGCUCAGAUACACAUGCCUUCAGAACCAACUGUUACUUAUGAUGAUGGUUUGUUUUUUUUUUAAAUCGGCAGAAUUUAUAUAAGACAUUGGAAGUAUCCGCAGUAAUUUGUACACUUCGUCGCCCUGUCAUAAUUCAUUUUGCCAACACUUCUGGUAUGUGUUGGCUGAAUAAACGCACACAGGAAGAAAUGAUUGGAAUGUAGAGAUUGUUUUUAAUCCCGGUCUCAUAUUUAAGAUUUUUAGGUUAUUUUUCGCUUCGGUAUAAUUUAUCUUAUUGGCCAGAGGUAUGAUUUUUUUGCUCAAUGUUUUUGGUAAAGUCUUUGCAAAUUCAUUUUCUAAGAUUGUUGUCAUUAUGCGGAAUUUGGUUUAUUUUGACUAUUUUGUGAUAUUAAAGAUUUGAAAAUA